UAGUUAGACGGAUGGAAAGUUGGAAACUCCUUUAUAUCAUUUCCUUUUCCAACAGCGAUAACUCAAUACAAACAAAGUUCAGAGGCGGUUGGAGCGCAAACAUGGCGUCGAGAGCUGCUCCGGGCGUUAUUGGUUCUUCUCCUUCACCAUCGUUCUCUUUCAGAUCUGCUGCUUCGCUUCCCGUGAUAUCGCUUCCCGUACGGAUCCAUGCGAAUGGAAAGACGAACAAGGGCUUGACGGUUAGAGCGAUGGCAGUGGCGAAAUUCAAAGGGACUCAGCGGAGAGAGAAGCAUCUGACAGAGAUGAUCGAGAAGAAGGUGACGGAAGCGAAGGAGGUGUGCGAGGGGGACGAGACGUCGGACGAGUGCAAGGUGGCGUGGGACGAGGUCGAAGAGGUGAGUCAAGCAAAGGCCGAUCUCAGGCUCAAGCUGCAGCAGGAAAAAGAUCCUCUCGAGUCGUUUUGCCAGGACAAUCCUGAGACUGACGAGUGCCGAGUUUACGAGGACUGAGCUGAUUGUUAACUGCAGAUCUCCAAUGUCAACGCAAAAGGCUGAUGAUCUUGCUGGAGUCUACCGAUUUAGGCUGUGAUUUUGUGUAUACGCUUACUAUUCGAUCGACUAGUGUAAUAAGAUUGUAAAAUAACUUCUUUGUGGGAUUAAUGUAUAAUUAUGUUGUCUCUGCA